AGAAGGAGGAGGAGGAGGAGGAGGGGGGAGGCAGGAGAGAAAAGUGCAGGAAAGAAAGAAAGAAGAAACGCUGAAGUUAAUCGAUGUCGUUUAGUUUUCUGACUUCAAAAGACGCCUUUACGCGGUUCUCCGCGCGAGGAGGCUUGGAUGAGCGCGAGACGUUUGUGUGCAGAUUUGUUUUUGUGUUUUUUUGCGCUCUUCUUUCGUGUUUUACGCUGUUUUUUCUCCGGCGUGAUGUUCAUUUUCUUUGAAACGGGGCUGGAAAUAGUGGGAGAGCGGUGAGGAAACGUGCGGCACUCGGUAGAGUCCUCUAACUGUGUUUUCUGCUUUGUUUUUGGUACAUUUUUUACUUUUUUGCUUCACAAUGUGGAUUUACUCUAUGUAACGGAAGAAGGGGAGCAGUUUGUGUAAAAGGACCAGAAAAAAGACGUUUUUCCUUUUCUUUCUCAAAAACUAAGUAACUAACUAACUAUGGACUUCUGUGGAGCCGCUAGCUGGAGCUGAAGCAGAUCUUCAGGAGGAAAACUUGCCGAGGAGCUUUUAGCUCGACUCCCUAAACUUACUUUGGACUCUUUACUUUUUUUUUUUUUUUUUUUUUACAAAACACAGUGUUGCUUGACUUUAUUGUGCGGCCAGCAGCAACGGGUCUCCUGGAAAAUACACUGAAACAAAAUCAGAGUGGCAUUUACAAGAGUUUUCUUCACCAGCUGCCUCCAAUAAAAAAGGACAGAAGGAUCAACAACAACAAGCAGAACAUUCUUCAGCAACACAGACUUUGAAAAGACGGUUUAAUCAGUUUAAUCCAGUUUUGUGCCUUUUCUUUAUUCUAAAGCAUUUCUGUAUUGAUUCACAGGCUUUGAUUCUAGUCUGGAGCUGGUCUGUGGCCUAUAGUGGUCUGUUUUAGUAUUUGCAACCUUGAACCUAACUUAACUAAUGCUAUCUACUGAAAGUGUUUCUUAGUAUAUAUUUUAGUAUAUAACGAGUUAGUUAACAGAUGGAUAUGCAGGUCUCUCCUCACACAUGUUUGCUCAAGAGUUUCCCAACGUGGAAGCCUUCAGGAUCAACCCAGCGUCCUUUCAAGUGUAGCUAUCAGUAGCUAGAUGAUGUAGUUAGCUGGUCUGCAGAACAUGCCAUAACACAAACAUUUUUUAUUUAUCUCUAUUUUUAUGUGAUCUAUUUAUUGUCUAUAGACGCUAGACAGGUCUGUUUUAGACUAAUAUUGUGUGUUAUAUUGUUGUUGUUUAUCAUUUUUCAUUGUUUGUCACUCCACCUGCUGUACUUUUAGAAAAAGAAGUAGACUUUAGGAAAGACUUUGAGCAUUCACACUGUAUUUAUGGUACUGUAUUUAAGCUAUAGUCCAUCAGGUCAUUUUAGAGAGAGCGUUUGUUAUUACUCUUGAUUUUUGUGCAGGAUCAGCACAGUUCUGUCACAUAUUGUAAGCAAUGGAGCGGAUUGGCACUAAGUUGAAGCAGAAAUUUAAGCUGCCUGACUCUGGUAGUGUCAAGUUUAAUAAAAAGAAAAAUGACCUUGCCAACACCAAUAACAACAGCAACAGCAUCACUGCCAGUACUGGAGCACCAGUUGUGGCUCACCUGAGCCCAUCAAACAACCUGCCGCCCCCUAGUCCAGCUGCAUUCAGCUCGGUGGAGGCAUGUGGGUCCACCCUAAGCGGAAGGCCUAGCAAGGUGGUCAACUCCCAAAGAGUGGCGCCUUGUGUUGCCUCAGUUGCUUCGACUCCAGUGCCUGAGGAAUCGGGGCCUUCGGUCGCUCCUGUGCGGCGCCGGUCGCCACAGCAACGAGCAUCCUGUUAUCUACCUGAGUCUUCUGAGGUUAGACGUGGAGAGUUGCCCCAAGGUGAGCACCCUGACCCUCAAGGUGCGUACAGUCCGAAUUCUCGGGCCGCCCUGAACCAGCGACGCUAUUCGCUUGAGCUCCAGCAACUGGUUCGAAGGCAGCAGCUCCUCUCUCAACCUCCACUCUCUUCCAUGCCUCCUCCUUAUCCCACCCAUGGCCCAGUGGCCCGCUCAGGCUCUGCGGAACCCAGCUUCAUUCCUGAGCCAGAGCGCCACAAGCGCCUAUCGUUGCAGGAGGCCUUGUUCUACAAGCGCUGGAGCUCUGGAGGAGAGCCCUGGGAUAGUGGCAGGCCAGCCUCACUGUCUCACCCUCCACAGAGGACCCAUGACACCCCAGGGGGUGGCUACAUCUUCCCUCCAGGCCCUACACUGAGUCCUUGCUCAUCCUUCAGCCUGCAGGAGUCUGUGUUGGCCAGCCCGCGCUCCAGCUUUGCCAGCAGCACGGCCAGUGGAGGUGGAGGAGGCGGCAGCGGAAGCCCAAUGGGAAGCCCUUGCAGCAGCAACCGGACCAGUGGCAUCAGCUUAGGCUACGAUACCCGGCACACCACACCUGGUCCUGCUGCCCAACAGCUGCAGUUUUCCUCCACACAACUAGGGGGCAUCACUUCUGGACCAGUGUAUCCAGCCUCUGGAUUAGGGAAAGCUGGAGUGCCCCCAAUGGAGGUGUGGACUGACUAUCUGGAGAGAGGCUUUCAAGAUGGGCGCCACUCAUACCCACCGGCGGUUAGUGUCCCAGCAACAGCAGGUCACAGGGCAGAGCCGGAGUGGUGGAGUGGCACUGAGCAAAGGGGGGAAAGAGUGGGCGAGCGGAUGCGCCAUUCAGAUCUGCCAGGCACUCACUACCAGCAGGAGCUGACCAGGCUACUGCUGAGGGACAUGGCACUGGAGGGAGCAGAGCUUCAAGGAGGUCUGACCCUGAAGGAGCAGCCUGUGUCCACUUCCGCACCUCCUUCAGCUUCUGGUGUGCUGGCAGGGAAACCCCAGCAAGAGGAGCACCCAGCAGUGAGGGAGCCACCACCAACAGCAUUGGAUCGCCAGGAGUUCUUUGGAACAUGUGUAAAGUGUGGCAAAGGAGUAUAUGGUGCGGAUAAUGCUUGCCAGGCUCUGGACAGUCUUUAUCAUACACGCUGUUUCACCUGUGUGUCCUGUGGUCGCACACUUAGAAACAAAGAUUUCUACAAUGUCAGUGGAUCGGUGUACUGUAAGGAGGACUACAUGUUUUCAGGCUUCCAGGCAGCUGCUGAGAAAUGUAGUGUGUGUGGUCAUCUGAUCCUGGAGCAGAUUCUGCAGGCCUUGGGGAACUCGUAUCAUCCAGGCUGUUUCCGUUGUACUGUCUGCUCGAAGACCCUGGAUGGUGUGCCUUUCACAGUGGACUACCUCAAUAAUGUCUACUGCGUCUCAGACUACAACAGGACAUUUGCUCCUAAAUGUGCUGCCUGUUUACAACCCAUUUUACCUACUGAGGGCAGUGAGGAGAUUCUCAGGGUGGUGUCCAUGAACAAAGACUAUCACUUUGAGUGCUAUCACUGUGAGGAGUGCGGGAAGCAGCUGUCUGAUAAGCCCGGCUCCCAGUGCUUCCCUCUGGACUCCCACCUCCUCUGCCACUCCUGCCACAUGAGCAGAGUGUGUGCCACCCACAGCCUCCCCCCGCACAACAAACACUGAAGAGGGAGGGAGCAUUUCUGCUGGACCAACAUGCCCUGCUUUUUACUGACAUAUGCAUAUUUGCGACCAAGGUUAUACGUUGCUGUCUUGUAAAGUCUUUUCUAUGUCUUUAUCCUUGUUUUGAUCUUUUUUUCUCAAUUUCUCACACCUUUACACACACAAGUCCUAAAAAAGGUCACAGAAGCUUACACUGAAAAAAAGAAGAGAUUUUAUACAGAUUUUUUUUUUCUUCUCUUGAAACUUGAGGUCAUACAUUUCAAGUGCCUAGCCUGCAGCUACAGGGACCUUUGCCUCCCCCUGGUGGUCAGAAAGUGCACCGACACAAGCCUGCUGACAAAACAUUUCUGUGCAACUGUUCUCUGUGUGGAUUAUCACGGUCAACAUUACUAAGUUAUUAGGGAGUAUGAAACGCCACACUGAGCUACUGUUUAUAUUCUCACGUCUGCUGUAGAAAAGAAAAUACAAGGGAUUUUUGCUUAACUAUAAAAAAAAUAUUUAAUAUCACUAGCAAAGAUUUUGCACUUAAAUGAACAUGUUUACCUUUUAAGAGAUUUUUUUUUAAAGAAAAUGUUCCUGCAAAAGAGUAAAAACAUUCCUGUAUCUUGUCUUUAUUAAUAAACUUCUUUCUUUCUGAAUUUUAGAGUUGGUGCAGUUAUAAGUAAGCUGCUAAUAGUGAAAAUACCUUUGUCAUGAGAAAGCAUUCCUGGUCAAAGGUUCUGUUGUUUUGAAUAGUUAAGUGAGUGGAUUAACUGAUCUCUAAUAAGUAAGUUACAUACACAACCUAAAACAUUAUUUUUAACAUAUAAUUAGAUUUCUAUGGGUUGUUCCACAAUCAUUGUUUGAAAAGGCCAGGUGACCCAAACAACAACACUUUUGAAUAUACUGACUGUUUUUUUUGUACCAAAAACAGCAGCAGUGGGUUUUUUAAGCAGCUAAUCAUCACUCUGAUAACUCAAAUGUCUGAUACCCACAAAGCAGGAGAAGACCACUGAGUGUGUGUAGUAAGCAGUAGAGAUAAAAACUUUCCAACUUGAA